CCAACCCUUUUUCGACGUGCAAUUUCUUCAGGGCUCGUUCGCAGGGGCCCCUCCUGUUUAUUCCCUCAUUAGAUCAGAGAGAAAACUGCUUCACAUAGAAGCGGAAGGAGGUAAUCAGACUGAGGGAGCGAGAGAGAAAAAGAAGUGGGAAAUAUUCAGACAUUUGGAAAGACCGAACUGCAGCUAGAAAGCGGGAGAGGCAACAAACAAAAAAAAAAGCCUGUAAAAUGAAUCCUCCGUGCGCUAGAUGUAAAAAAAUCGUCUAUCCGACCGAAAAAGUCAACUGCCUGGACAAGUACUGGCAUAAAGCAUGCUUCCAAUGUGAAACCUGCAAAAUGACUCUAAACAUGAAGAAUUACAAAGGAUACGAUAAGAAGCCCUAUUGCAAUGCGCACUACCCAAAAUCUUCAUUCACUGCCGUGGCAGACACCCCGGAAAACCUGCGGCUGAAGAAACAAAGCAAGUUGCAGAGUCAGGUCCAAUACAAAGAAGAUUUUGAGAAAAACAAGGGGAAAGGAUUCAGCGCAGUGGCCAGUACCCCUGAACUGGAACGCAUCAAGAAAAACCAGGAAAUUGUCAGCAAUGUGAAAUAUCAUGAAGAGUUUGAGAAGAGCAAAGGCAUUUCUGCAGUAAGUGCUGAGCGGAGGAGCUCCCAUGACACCCAGGAGUACAGGCCACAGCCAGAGACAAAUCUAGGCUACCAGCCACAAGCACCUUCACACCAGGAGCCCCCGACCCAGGUCUAUAAUCCGCCUGCUGCCGCACCAUAUGCCCCUCCUCCUUCAACUGGGAAGAGAUUCCGAGCUGUGUAUGACUACUCGGCAGCUGACGAUGAUGAGAUCUCAUUCCAAGAUGGCGACUUGAUCAUUGAUGUUCAGCAGAUUGACGAAGGGUGGAUGUAUGGUACCGUGGAGAGAACAGGGGACACUGGCAUGCUCCCAGCGAACUACGUGGAAGCAGUGUAACGGAGCCAAGAUUGAUGCCUGCUUAUGCUUUGAUUUUCUGUAUUAUAUAAAAAAAAUAACAGUAUGAAUCCCAACAAUGAUUUGAUGACAAAUUUAGGUUUUAAAAAAUUUAAAAUUGUGAUUCUAAAUGCAUAAUAUAGCUUUCUCUGUUAUUUUUCAUGUUGCUGGAAUAUAGUCAAAUUUUCUUUGGCUUAACUAGAUUGGAUAAGAGAUAAUUAUUUUGCAAAGCCAUUUAAUGCUCUGUAUUGCUCCCCCCUCACUCCUCCAAUUAUUAAAUGACCGCUCUGAUCACUGCACCUUGCAGAUGCUGAAGAGGAAAUUCUUGUCUCUGGAUUACUAUAGCCAGAUGUGUCCAAGCAGCCCUCAUCAAUACAGGGAAAUGUAACAUCAGUAUUACCUUGCAAGUUGCUGCAACAUCCAGGAUCGUUCUGUUGCUGGCUGGGUAAACUAGUGUGUCUGUUUGGACACAGUGAGGAUUGGAUUGCCUGAGCAGUCAGGGCACUUCAAUUCUACUCAUUUCAUUCUUUGGAUGUUAGCCUAGUGAGUGCAUUGACAUCACUUGGCUCUGGGAGUAAUAUUUCUCGCCAAAUAGUUCACGAAAAUCAAUACCCAGUUCUCAUUGGCCCAGGAAUCUCAAGCCUUUGUGUCCAAUCAAAUUGUUUUAUGCUCUUGCCAUUUUUUUUCUUUAAGCAAUAUGAGGAAAUGCAAGUCAGAGUAGAGGGAUUCCUGCGGCCAUCCAUACCUCAUCAGUAUCAUCAGAUCCUAGUUGUUUCAGAGUUUGCCACAGGACUUCAGCCACUCUCCAGGGGAGGCUGGUGGAUAAGGCAGCCAUUGCCAUCCCCUUCUGUAACAGUCCUUCAGUCCUUGUAAUAACGUACAAUAGUGACCAUGCUUCUGUGCUAGAAGUCAGUCUAGAGCAACAUAGGGUCAGUUUUAAAAUUGGAGGAAGGAGGUAUGGAAGUAAUAUGUUCCAGUGUUAUGAGUUGGUGUGGGAAUCAUGCUUUGGUUUGGCAACGCUAUACCCUGCAGAUUUCAGAUUUAAUAAUAAGAUCAGUACUCCAGUAAAAUCCAUGUAAAAAGAAUAUUUAACCCAGUCAAGCACAGUUUGUGGCUGUCUGCCUUCCUUCUCCCUUUAGGUUUGAACUAUUUCAAAGCUUAAUCACAUAAGCAGAUGAGACCCAACUAAUGUACAUAAAAUGGAUAAGCAUUUUAUGUCAUUGAAAUGAAACCUGCAAAGACUUAAGUUAACAGCUCUACUUAAUUCGAUGAAAAGCUGGAAGACUUUUACAGGGAUUAAUUUGCAUAGCUUUCUAAACUCUUGAGUGUGUUAACUUUUAAUAUAAUAUUGAAACUAAUGUGAAACAGCCUGAUGCUGGGGGAAAAAAAAAUUCCUGAGGAAUUUUUGUCUUUUUCUAUAAAGUUGUACAAACAGCAGAAUGCUGUCUGGGCAUUGAGUGGCUCUUAGGAACUGGCCUGGAAUCUUUUUACUAAUCUUUGUCCCUUCUCAUGUGAUGAAAACUGUCCCUAGCUAACUAUUCCAAUUUAAGUGAUCAUUUAGAAGUUCAGACUGUUCUUUGGAACAACAAACACUUUCUUAAACAUCAAGAAGUCAUUAAUUCAAACAGUGACUGUGGUGACUGGAAUUAUAGAAAUUAACUGAACCAUUCCUGUUGGUCAUUGGCACAACAUUUAUUAAAUCCAGUCCAACACUGGAUCUACCAGCAUUCCUCAUCUACAGAAAAUGACUCUGCAUACUUUGAAAACCUCUUAAGGCACAAAGUGGUGUACGUUUUAUUUUCAGUUUAUAAUGAAUAAAUAUGAAAGAGCUGUACUUUAGUCAAUAAAUUACUGAAUUGCAACAGUGUUUAUUCUACUAGCCUCAAAUCCGGUCCAGGCACUGAUAUUUAGUUGUGCUUUGUAGUGAUUGGAUUAUGAUCUCAUAUUUCCAUUUUUCUGGAAUUGACUUCUCUUGUGAAAUUGUCAAGAAUCUUAUCUAACUAGCUGUGAUGUUAAAAUU